AUGUGUGGUAUUUUCGCGUGCUACAGACACCCCGAUGUCCAGAAGUUCAAGCCGACGGCCCUGAAAAUGGGCAAGGCUGUCCGACAUCGGGGCCCAGAUUGGAGUGGCAACUGGAUUGCGAACGAUAGCAUCUUGGUUCACGAGCGCCUGAGUAUUGUCGGCGUCGACUCCGGAGCGCAGCCGCUCGUCAACGACGAGGAAACCAUUUCCCUGGCCGUCAACGGCGAGAUCUACAACCAUCGUAUCCUUCGCAAAACCCUCAAGACGCCCUACAACUUCAAGACGCACUCGGAUUGCGAAGUCAUUAUUCCUCUGUACCUCGAGCAUGACAUCGAUGCGCCCCGAAAGCUGGACGGCAUGUUCUCAUGGGUCCUGCACGACAAGACUCAAGAUCGUGUAAUCGCCGCGCGAGACCCUAUUGGCAUCACCACCUUUUAUAUGGGUCGGUCGAGCACAACGCCCGGUGCCGUCUUCUUCGCUUCCGAGCUCAAGUGCCUGCAUCCCGUAUGCGACGACAUUAUUUCCUUUCCUCCUGGUCACGUCUACGACUCGAAAACCGACUCGCUCACGCGCUACUACGACCCCAAGUGGCUUGUCGAGCCCGAGAGCAUUCCCACAACACCCGUAGACUACAAGGAGCUGAGGCAGUCGUUUGAGCGGUCAGUGCGGAAACGCAUGAUGGCAGAAGUGCCGUUUGGCGUGCUGCUUUCUGGCGGUCUCGACUCAAGUCUUGUGGCCUCGAUAGCGCAGCGGGAGACUCUGCGGUUGAACGAGCAAAUAAGGCAAAAGGCAGCUGCGGCGGGCGGAAAGGCUAGCGAGGAGCAGAACCAACUCGUGGGAAUCGAUGACUCCAACGAGCUUCAGACGGACCUUCUCCUCGGACAGCUCAACUCGUUCUCGAUUGGUCUGCCCAACGCUCCCGACGCCAUUGCCGCACAAGAAGUAGCCAACCUCCUCGGAACAAAGCACCACACGUUUACUUUUACGAUUGAGGAUGGUCUCAACGCGCUCACCGAUGUCAUCUACCACCUCGAGACGUUUGACGUGACGACGAUCCGCGCAUCCACGCCCAUGUUCCUGCUGAGCCGAAAGAUCAAGGCCAUGGGCGUCAAGAUGGUGCUUUCAGGAGAAGGCAGCGACGAGAUUUUUGGUGGAUAUCUCUACUUCCACAAUGCGCCGGACAAGGCUGCGUUCCACCAGGAAUGCAUCCGGCGCGUCAAGAACCUGCAUCUUGCCGACUGUCUGCGUGCCAACAAGUCGACGUCGGCAUGGGGCGUUGAAGCCCGUGUGCCCUUCCUGGACAAGGAGUUUCUCAACGUGGCCAUGAACAUUGACCCAGCGGACAAGAUGAUUGACCGCAAGGCGGGCCGCAUUGAAAAGUACAUUCUGCGCAAGGCAUUCGACACGAGCGACGAGCCCGACACGGCGCCGUACCUUCCCGACAAGAUUCUGUGGCGCCAGAAGGAGCAGUUUUCCGACGGCGUGGGCUACGGCUGGAUCGACGCGCUCAAGGACAACGCCGAGCUGCACGUUACCGACGAGAUGAUGAAGAACCCCAAACCCGAGUGGGGCUCCGACAUUCCGGAUAGCAAGGAGGCGUACUGGUACCGCUGCAUGUUUGACGAGCACUUUCCCAGCUACUGUGCCCACACGGUGAUGCGGUGGACGCCGACGUGGAGUAACCAGACGGAUCCUUCUGGCCGUGCUAUUGGUGUCCAUGAGCAAAAAUACGAGCAUGCAGAGUAGGUGUAGGGAGAGAAUAAGAUAGUGGAUAACGUAGUUCACAAGCGAGUCGCUCACCCAAGCGAGUCGCUCACGCCCCACCAGCGCGUCGACGUCGAGACGUUAUCACGCACUUUUAUCACAGUCAAUAAACUAUUACAAUAUACUAAAUUAAUUAUUAGAAUCGCU